UACAUAGAAGGGGUGGAUGGGUGUAUUGCUGCAGUAAAUCAUCAUUGUUUGGCCACAUUUUCUGAUAAUUGUCGUGUAUUUUACUCCUCAACAGAGUUUAAUGUUUGAAUUUUCGUGACAGUUUGCCUUUAUUUGUAGAAUAUAGUUUUAAAGCAAAUUUACAAACUAUAGGUCUAACCUCAUUCUUAUCUUGUAUUGAGUAGUCUAGUCUGCCUAGUUGUCGACAGUAAACGCAGUGAGGCGGUCCUGAUCAGAGUUCUUAAAAAAAAAAAGAAAAAAGAAGUCGGUCUUUAGUUAGUUUUGUCCAAUUAUUUCAGAAUUUAUUAACUUCUGGCUAAGCUCAUGGCUUCUACGGAUGUUGCUCGGCAGCCGGGUCAAGGAGUCCGGCCCCUGUCCCUGGCAGGCCAUGUGGGCUUUGACAGCCUCCCAGAUCAGCUUGUCAACAAGUCCAUCUGCCAGGGCUUCUGUUUUAAUAUUCUCUGCAUUGGUGAGACUGGUAUCGGAAAGUCUACCCUGAUGGACACUCUGUUCAAUACGAACUUUGAGAAUUUAGAGUCAUCCCACUUUGAGCCUCAAGUGAAGCUGCAUGCUCAAACCUAUGACCUACAGGAGAGCAACGUCCGACUACGCCUUACCGUGGUCAACACCGUAGGCUUCGGAGACCAAAUGAACAAACAAGAGAGCUAUCAGCCAGUGGUGGACUAUAUCGACAGGCAGUUUGAGAGUUAUCUACAGGAGGAGCUAAAAAUCAAACGCUCUCUUCACAACUACCAUGACUCGCGAGUCCACGCUUGCCUUUACUUCAUCUCUCCCUCAGGUCAUUCACUUAAAUCCCUGGACCUGGUCACGAUGAAAAAGCUAGACAGCAAGGUUAACAUCAUCCCUGUGAUCGCCAAAGCCGACACCAUCAGUAAGAGCGAGCUACAUAAAUUCAAGAUUAAAAUCAUGAGUGAGCUGGUCAGCAAUGGCGUCCAAAUCUAUCAGUUCCCCCUGGAUGACGAGACCGUCGCUAAGGUCAACACUACUAUGAAUGGUCAUUUGCCUUUUGCUGUAGUAGGCAGCACAGAGGAAGUCUCCGUUGGCAAUAAGAUGGUGAAGGCUCGUCAGUAUCCCUGGGGUGUAGUACAAGUGGAGAACGAGAGUCACUGUGACUUUGUGAAGCUGAGGGAGAUGCUGAUCUGUGUAAACAUGGAGGACCUGAGAGAGCAGACACACACGCGCCACUAUGAGCUGUACCGGCGCUGCAAGCUGGAAGAAAUGGGAUUUAAAGACACCGACCCAGAAUGCAAACCCGUCAGCUUGCAGCAGACUUAUGAGGCCAAGCGCCAGGAGUUCCUGGUGGAGCUGCAGAAGAGAGAGGACGAGAUGAGGCAGAUGUUUGUGCAGAGGGUGAAGGAGAAGGAGUCUGAGCUGAAGGAGGCUGAGAGAGAUCUGCAAGGUCGUUUUGAGCAGCUGAAGCGUCUCCACGCGGACGAGAAAGCAGCUCUGGAGGAGAAGAAGAGACUCCUGGACGAGGACCAGAGUUCCUUCGGCAAGAGACGAGCUGCCGCCCAGCUCCUGCAGGCCCAGAGCCUCACCGCCAACGGCAAGAAGGACAAGGACCGCAAGAAUUCUGGCUUCAUGUGAAGACGUUUGGGGAUCUGAAGUACACUCCAGUAUGACCAGUACAACCAGUGACCUUCUGGCCACAUCCUUCCAGCCCUUUGUGGCCAGUCUCAAACACUAACCAGGAAAACCGCACACAGACCAGCAGUGUGUGCGAGUGUGAGUUUGUGCCAAAGUUUAAUGACUAUGUAUCCAUGAAUCCUGUGUAAACUUUCCUCAAUGGCAUAUUUUUUACCUUCUUAGUAGGUUUUAUACCUCUCUGUAAUCUUUUAUAUUUAUCCUUUCAUUUUUAUAUAAUACCCUUUUUAUUUUUCAUAUACCUCCCCCUUUACAGUAAAUAAAAGAAUUGGAUACAUACCAAGUAACACUAUAUUAAAAUGGACCUCCUCACUUACAUCUAAUCUGCCUGCCAUCUUUAAUGUUUUGUAAUGCAGUCUUAUGGCUUCGCUAAUGAGAAAAACAUCUGUAACAUGCUUGUAAUUUAUUACAAAGCCCUUUUCAGACACGCACCUCAUGAGGAGCUUUACGUUUUGGUCUCAAUGUCCAAAUAAAUGCCACAUUAGAGGCGAGCGUGUCUAAUAAAGCCUCAGAGAUAAACAAUCACUUUAUUAUUAUUAUUAUUUCCACUCGCAGCUGUUCUCCAGCAGUGAGGAUGAAUAUAUUGUGAGCAUUGCAGCUCUCUGUGUAAUCGUCCUGUCAUGUUUAAAUAGAGCCCUAACAGAAUAAUUACUCCACUGAGACCUUUUUGAUGUUUAACAGAUAUGUAUUUAAAUCCAGCAAUGCAACAGAAUCCACGUCUGAAAAGGGCUUAAGUGAUCAUUUCUGAAAGCUGAUGUAGUGCAUUCAUCAUCAAGAGUUGUCAAAAUCCCGAUCACAGGGCAUUAUAAUUCUUUAUCCUUAUUAUGUCAGAUUUAUUUUUCUUGAACUAUGAGCACACCAGCAUUACAAAAAUCUGCACGACCCCAAUGACUCCUAUUGCUGUUCCAAAGGGACUUCUGUUGUCCAAUCCCAGUUUUACAGUUUCCGAGGAGGCUGAGGCUUAGUUGUGGAACUAGGUACAUGUAACAGCAUAUAUUUAUAUAUACAGUAUAAAUAUACACACACACACACACACAGUGUUUUACUUGCUCCCUUAUUUUUCUUACUGUCACAAAGCGUUAAUGUGCAAUGCAGUCUGUCUGAAAAGCGCUGACUCGUGGAAAAAAAUGCAUCAUGUCGAGUCAGUGUUUGUUGAGGAAGUACGGGAAGAGAGGGAAGAUGCAUUUGUGAUUUUUUUUUUAUUUUAUUUUUUUUAAUAUAAAUCAUUUCUUUAUUCACUUCUGUCUGGAGUCCCGAUGAGACAGGGUUUCACACCUCGGAGCAUUUUACAGAAUAGAGUAAACCACAACAAUAAAGUGUGAUUUCUAAAAACCAACAUUUACUCACAAACACUGCCACUUUAGAGUUUACACUAGUGCUUAAUAUGUUAGUGCCUUAUCUGUGUGAAGCUUAAUUAGAAAUCCACUUAAGUUAUACAUCCAGGGUAACCCACCGAUGUCUGAUGGAGUAAAGCUUGUAAGACACAUUUGUACUACACACUAUUUAAGGAAUAAACAGUGUUAUUUGGGAGCUUUUCUUCUUUCUAAAUAAAUCUUUGUAUUUUUGUCAUGAUACACUA